UUGCUUUUUGUGCCAAGUAGAAUCUUCAUUAUUACAGUACUGGCUGCUGUGGGUGGCCCAGACGAAAUGAUGCUGUACAGUCCGACACACAUUUUCUGAUUACAUGUUAACUGAAUCGACACACCUUUCGCAUUUCGUAUAUCAUAAGUUUGCUCAAACCGGACACCGUACAGAAAAGGGUUCCUAUAGGAGGACGUGAAAGUUGCAGCUAGCAGUUGCAACGCAGUCGUGGGCCCCGCGGCGUGGCGUUUGCUCUCUCACGGCUUCGCGUACGGCCGCGUAGCGCUCCCGCGCAGUGCCAGAGAGUGUGCGAGUCUCCGAGCAGCAUGUUGUUCCGCAGGGUGGUGCGGCUCGCGUGCGGCGUCGCCGGCGGCUCCGCGCUGCUUGUGGCGGCGGCGGUGAUGAGCGACUCGGCCGCCGGCGGCUCCGGAGAGCUCGCGCCCGGCGGACGCCCCCAGCUGUGGUCCGCGCUGGCGGUGGUCCGGGCGGCGCAGCCGUGGUCGUGGAGGAACCACUCGGUGGAAACGACGAGCGGCAGCGGCUGGGACGACAACUGGGACAAGCGCGACCCAGCGUCGCUGAGCAACGGGAAGAAAGCGGACGUGAACGGCGACGAAGUGAGCACGGAGCUGGAGAGCAGCAAACCCAAAGCCACGCGGCACAUCUUCCUGAUCCGGCAUUCGCAGUACAACCUCAGCGGAAACGGAGACAAGGAGAGGACUCUCACUCCUCUAGGGCGCGAGCAGGCGGAGCUCACGGGGCAGAGACUGGCCUCCUUGGGCAUCAAGUAUGACAUCUUGAUUCACUCGACGAUGGCGCGCGCUACGGAGACGGCGCAGAUCAUCAGCAAGUUCCUGCCAGGGCUGGAGCUGGUGAGCUGUGACCUGCUGAGAGAAGGAGCUCCCAUAGAGCCCGUGCCCCCCGUUAGUCACUGGAAGCCAGAGCCGGCGCAGUAUCACGAAGACGGCGCGCGGAUCGAGGCGGCGUUCCGCCGCUACAUCCACCGCGCUGACCCAAAGCAGAAGGAGGACAGUUACGAGAUCAUCGUCUGCCACGCCAACGUCAUCCGCUAUUUCGUGUGCAGGUGCGACGUGUUCCGAGCCUGCAACAGUUUGGGAGAAACGUGCUUUAGAUGUCGCCACGUUAAGGGCUCUGCAGUUUCCCCCCGAGGGCUGGCUCCGCAUGGGCCUCAACAACGGCAGCAUCACGUGGCUCACGAUUCGGCCCAACGGCCGCGUGGCGCUCCGCUCCCUCGGCGAUUCGGGAUUCAUGCCUCCAGACAAACUCACUCGUACUUGACGGCGCCGUCUCCUCCUGACUUUUCCUCAAUGGAACCGGGGGCACAUAACGUCCUCUGGUGUCAUUUCAAGGGUCCUACGUUUUUUCAUUUAUUUUUGUAAAUGGUGUGCAGCAUUAUCUUGUGCUGUUAAGUCCUGUGCUGCAUUUUGUCAGAUUUAUGCAGGAAGGAUGGAGAAGGUCCAGCUCCUCUCCUUUGUCAAGCUUUUGACAGUAGCUCGUUAACUACGAGGACAGGAAGCAUUUCAGUCUGUGGCCAAAGCCCGGACCGUGUAGGUGAAUGCAACACAAUGCGGGUAUGAUACCUUUGGAGAUGUUCCUGUCUGCAGGAUUUUUAAACAGUAAGUAUUUUGCUUUAGAGUAUCUGUUUAAAACUGUUUGUGCUAAAUAUUUUUCUAUAUUAACAUAUGCUGGGUAAAACAGCUGAAAAAUGAAACCUCUGAAUGUUUUAGAAACGUGCAGUUCUGAUUUUGUGUAUUGAAAGUUGUUUGAUGGCAUAAUAAACAAUGCAUUUUUUCCUGUGUUCCACAGCAGUGGAAAUAAAUGUAAAAUUAUGCAUAUAAUAUACACUGACUCCUUGCCUUUAGAACAUUCAUGUUACAAAUUUUCAGUUCAUUUUGUGUUUCCUUUGUUUUCCAAAAUUUUUGUUGGGGAAGCAAAUUGACCUGCAAUUCUGUGUGCUGCCAUUAGUUGGCAGUAAAAUGCACAUGACAGUA